AACAUCAACUAUACUACAGUUGUUUUUUUCAGGCGUUAGCUCAAUGCUUAUUAUUAGUUUCUGUUGACAUUAUCGACGUCAUCAGCAGAAUUUCCAAUGCGUCAUGUCCAUCAGAUAAGUGUUAAUGUAUUAGUGCGUAGUAGUAAUACCCAGUAAUAUUUCCUCAGUUUUUCUAAAAAAAUUUAUAGUAAAUAUUGUUUACCCGAAGUAUUAAUAAAUACACAUAUCAAGUUAAAUAACUGCAGAACAAAAAAAUAAAAAUGACGGCUGCGAAAUUCAGUUCGACCAAAUCCGAAGCGGAGUCUCCAUUGCUGAGGAAUCAAAGAUAUCGAAAGCAAAUCUUCGAUUCCAUAAAUUCCAUAAAAAUAUUUCGGAACUACCCCUCGCUAAACAGCUGGAUAAUAAGUUUUCUAUAUUUCACUAUAAUUCUGGUCCUGUUAUUUCUUCUCACCCCACCCGUGUUAGUUGUGAUCUCGACACUAUCAACGAUGUUCAUGUUCACCAUCAUCGCGGCCAAAGGAACACUUUUGUGGAUGACUUCCGAGCUAGACUCGCACUUUAUGCUGGAAUGUGACCUUGCGGAAGACUUUCCCAGAAAUCGAGCAGAGAUAACAGAUGUCAUGUGGUCAGAAGGGAAACAAAUAAUGUGGAUAUGGUGUUCAAUUAUCGCUUACACCCUUCCCGAAUUAUUAAAUUCAUUCGUGUGCUUCAGAAAAGCUAAAGAUAAGCCUUCGACUGGACAAUUUUUGUCAGUAAUAAUUCCAGAAACUUUCCAUACUAUAGGGAUUGCGUUGAUGAUCUUCUAUAUACUGCCGGUACUACAUUUGAAUUAUUUCGUUUUGUUCCUAAUUUGGUGCGUGAUCGAAUGGGGACUUCAUACUCUGAUAUCGACGAUUUAUGAAAUAAAAAAUAUAAAACUCAAGAGAUGGCUGAUCGUGGCAGACAUUGUGGUUCUGGGGAUUUUCUUAAAUUUCACGAUAUUCAAUCCCUUUGAUGGAAUCGAUCGUAAUAAAAGCCGCUGCUGGGUUGUGAUCGUGGCAAUGGCUUUCAUCCAUGGCGGACUUUGGCAAGAUAUUUCAAAUUCUACUUUCAGUUUUACUAGUAAUCUCUCCCCUGUCAUACAAGCUCGUGAAAAAUUGAAACCCGUGAAAGAUUCAAUUUUCGCAUGGGUCUCACUUUGGAAAAUAAUCGUUUUCUUUGCGAGUGCACUGACAAUACUCGCAUGUCUACAAAAUAGCAUAGCAGAACUCUUCACAUUGGCUGGACCUUCAUUCCGUGAUUAUAAUGUAACUUUGGUUUCUUCUAACACUGAUAUUCCAUCGGUAACCAUUUCCGAGAGUUUGCGUUUUCCAAUUUUUAUCGUUUCAUUCCAAAUGAUUUUAUCUAUUUUCGUAAAUAUGCAACCCAACAGUUUAAUUUUGCGUCUCUUCCACGGAUUCGAUUUUCGAUCUCGCUGGGGAUUAAAUAUUCCGGUUUUCCUCGGAAUCGCGCACGUACUCCGGUUAGAAUACAUCCACGAUCUCUACUGCAAUUUGGUUUACAAUGUGGACACAUUCGAGCGCUUCACAAACGUUUUGACAGAAGUGAAAACCUACAAAGAAAUAAUUAAAAUUUUUUCUUUCAAUUCUUCGGAAAACUGGGACGCGCUUUUGCUGAAAAUUUCUUGCUGCUGGAUUUUAUUGCACUUCCUUUUCCGAUCACGAGUACACGCUGUCAUGAAAAAUGAAGAUGUCCUCGAAAAACCUACAGCUAAAAUGCCACGAGAAGUUGAAGUUUACGUGGUUUUAGAAAACGAAUCGGGUGGAGAAAAAAAAAAGUUGGAAUGUUGAUUGAGAAGAAUUUCCUUUAAUAAAUUCGAAAACUCGAUCGAAAAUUAAUUACCUCAUAAAAUAUAAGUCAAUGUCGUUAAUUUUUUGUAUAAUUCUGUAAAAUACUUGACAAUCGCUUAUAUAAUUGUAUUUAAUUAUUGUGUGAAUAAAAGAUAUAAUUU